CCCAAAAAAAAGUGAGAGGAAAAAACCCGCGUUUUGCUCCCUCCUCCCAAAACCCUACUACUCCGUCGGCGGCGAUGGCGGAGGCGGCGGAGGCCCCGGCGACGGUGGGGCAGGCGGUGAUCCCGCUCGUCAACAGGCUGCAGGACAUCGUCGCGCGGCUGGGCGGCGGCGGCGGCGCCGGCCUGGAGCUGCCGCAGGUGGCGGCGAUCGGCGGGCAGAGCAGCGGGAAGUCGAGCGUGCUGGAGGCGCUCGUCGGCCGCGACUUCCUCCCCCGGGGCCCCGACAUCUGCACGCGCCGGCCGCUCGUGCUCCAGCUCGUCCGCCACUCGGCCGCCGAGGAGUGGGGGGAGUUCCUCCACGCCCCCGGCCGCCGCUUCCACGACUUCGAGCAGAUCAAGCGCGAGAUCCAGUUAGAAACGGACAACGAAGCUGGAGGUAAUAAAGGGGUUUCUGAGAAGCAGAUUCGUCUGAAAAUAUUUUCACCAAAUGUCCUUGACAUCACCUUGGUGGACCUCCCUGGAAUUACAAGGGUGCCAGUAGGAGAUCAGCCCAGUGAUAUUGAGUCAAGAAUAAGAGCAAUGAUCAUGCAAUAUAUUAAGCAUCCAAGUUGUAUUAUCUUGGCUGUCACUCCAGCUAAUGCAGAUCUAGCUAAUUCUGAUGCGCUCCAACUGGCAAAGCUUGCUGAUCCUGAUGGGUCUCGGACAAUUGGUGUUAUCACCAAGUUGGACAUCAUGGACAGGGGUACUGAUGCUCGUAACUUUUUACUGGGAAAUGUGAUCCCCCUCAAGCUUGGUUAUGUAGGUGUUGUAAAUCGUAGCCAAGAGGACAUCAACUUUAAGCGAAGCAUCAAAGAUGCACUUGCCUUCGAGGAGAAGUUUUUCUCAACUUUACCUGCUUAUCAUGGUCUUACACAUUGCUGUGGUGUCCCUCAAUUGGCCAAGAAGCUAAAUAUGAUUCUACUAAAUCACAUCACACAUAUGCUUCCAGGCCUGAAAUCUCGCAUAAAUUCUCAGUUGGUAGCAGUUGCAAAAGAGCAUGCUGCGUAUGGUGAUACUGCAGAAUCAGCGGCUGGUCAGGGGGUCAAACUGUUGAAUAUACUGAGAAAAUAUUGUGAAGCCUUUUCUUCCAUGGUGGAGGGGAAAAAUAAAGUGUCAACAGAUGAACUUUCUGGUGGAGCAAGAAUCCACUACAUUUUUCAGUCAAUUUUCGUCAAGAGUUUGGAGGAAGUAGACCCUUGUAAGAGCAUAACUGAUGAAGAUAUCCAUACAGCUAUACAGAAUUCGGACGGUCCAAAGGGUCCUAUGUUUCUACCAGAGUUGCCGUUUGAGAUUCUUGUGCGAAGGCAGAUAAGUCGUUUGCUUGAUCCGAGCCUUCAAUGUGCAAAUUUUAUCUAUGAUGAGUUAGUCAAAAUUAGCCGUGGUUGCUUAAUCAGCGAGCUGCAGAAAUACCCAAUUCUUAAAAAGCGGAUGGGUGAAGCAGUUAGCAAUUUCCUGAGAGAUGGUCUUCGACCUGCAGAGACAAUGAUAACCCAUAUUAUUGAGAUGGAGAUGGAUUACAUAAAUACUUCACACCCAAGUUUUGUUGGAGGCAGCAAGGUUGUCGAACUUGCUAAGCAAGAAAUUCUACCUCCCAAAGCACCAGCUUCUGCAACAAUUCCUAAGGAUGGUAGCACUAUUAGCUCUGAGAUACAAUUAACAUCUGACAGAAGUCAAAAGUCACGUGCUGUUUUUGCAAGAGAUGCUACUAGAGGAGCCACAUCUAAUCAGGGAGUGCAGCCUGAUGCUGAUACAGGAACAGGUCCGGCAGGCAGAAUUCAGAGGGGUCACUCAUUGGUUGCUGGGAGUUCAGCAAGCAAGUCAGUUUCACGAGUUCAAAGCCUAGAUAACCUUUUCUCUAUCAUCCAGUUAAAAGAGCCACCCAUCACUUUGAAGCCAUCAGAAAACCAGCCUGCACAGGAUGCAACAGAGGUGGCUAUUGUGAAACUAUUGAUCAAAUCAUACUAUGACAUUGUCAGAAAGAGUAUUGAAGAUGCUGUUCCAAAGGCUAUAAUGCAUUUUCUGGUGAACCACACAAAACGUGAGCUGCAUAAUGUUUUAAUUCGGAAACUUUACAGAGAAAACUUGCUGGAUGAAAUGCUGAGGGAAACUGAUGAAGUAAUUAUCAGAAGGCAGCGUAUUCAAGAAACACUCCAAGUUCUUGAACAGGCGCAUAGGACGCUCGAGGAAUUUCCUCUUGAAGCUGAAAAGGUCGAGAAGGGGUACAGCCUUGGCGAAUAUGCAACCGGCUUGCCAAAAAUCCAUGGUCUCAGCAAUGGCGACCCCAGCUUCAUUUACGGAUCCUCGCCAAACCACAAUCCAAAGAAAGCAUCUCAUGCAGAUCAACAUUCGUCGGAUUCAACUUCUUAUCCAGAUGCUAAUGGUGGGUUUCUCUCCAUCUGAUCUCGAUCAUAUCCUCAUGCCAUUUUCAAGUGACGGUCUUCAGUUUUGCCCUGUAAAUUCAAUUUUCAUUUUGUUGUUAUUUGUGGGCUAUUUUUGCUGCAACUGGCAGCUAUUUCUGAUGCUGCACCUUGAUCUAGCAGUUGUACCGAAAUAGCAAGAACUGCAGGAGCCCACAUACAUUCAUAGCCAACAGGGGCAGUAGGAUGGUGGUUGUGUAGAUUCACAAUGGAACUGACCCCCUUGUAUCAUUUUUUUACUUUUCACUUCUGAUGAGAAGUGAGAGCGGGAACGGCAUAUUACGUAAUAAUUACUUGCAAUCACAAAGCUAUUUUACUGUA